AUGCAUAUACCUCAAGGAAUGGCAUAUGCAACAUUGGCAAGUUUACCGCCAGUGAUCGGAAUGUAUUCAUCAUUUUUUAGUUCAACCAUUUAUAUGUUUUUCGGUACAUCUAGGCAUGUAUCCAUUGGCGUUUUUGCUGUUGCAAGUUUGAUGGUUGGAUCAGUGAGAUUGCGAUUACUACCAGAUCCUGAAAUUAUCACCGAUUAUAUUAAUGGGACACGUGUGGAAUAUCAAAAACCAAUUAAGUCGCCUAUAGAUUUUGGACACGAAGUGACUCCUCUAAUGCUAUGUAGCUCACUUGCGAUGGCUGUAGGACUUAUCCAGUUGUGCAUGGCUUUAUUGCGUUUAUCUUUUUUGACGACCUACAUGUCAGACGCAUUAGUCUCUGGAUUUACAACUGGAUCAGCGUUACAUGUAUUGGUUGCCCAGCUUAAUAAAAUUAUUGGUGUCAAAUUACCAAGACACAGUGGACCUGGAAUGUUGUUUUUAAUGAUUCGGGAUCUUGUUCUUUCACUUCCGCAGACAAAUUAUGUAACAUUAGCAUUAUCGAUUUGGGGAUUAACGUUUCUCGAAAUUGGUAAAAAAUAUGUCAAUCCAUGGGUGAAUAAACGAUCUCCAGUACCAUUACCCCUCGAACUUAUUUUGGUGAUAUUAACAACAGCAUUUUCUACGAUAUUAAGUCUUAAAAACGAAUAUAAUGUCAAAAUUGUCGAUACUAUUCCUCAAGGAUUACCUAAGCCAUUAAUACCGAAAUUUGAUUUAAUGCGUUAUCUGUUGAGUGAUGCUAUUGGUCUUGCUAUUAUAUGCUAUAUGUUUGUCAUUUCACUGGCUAAAUUAUUUGCUAAAAAGCGGAAAUAUAAGAUUGAUCCAAAUCAGGAACUCUACGCAGUUGGUUUAAUGUCCACUUUAUCAUCAUUUUUUCCUGUGUUUUCAGCUGGAGCUUCACUUUCAAGAUCAUCUGUCUGUGAACAAUCGGGCACUAAUACGCAACUGUACACUGUAUUUUCGAGUUCUUUGUUACUUGUUGUUAUUAUUUGGAUUGGCCCACUUCUUCAGCCAUUGCCUAUGUGCAUCUUGGCAUGCAUAGUCAUAAUAAGCUUGAAAAGUUUAUUUUUGCAAUGUAAGGAUUUGCCUCAUCUUUGGAAAAUAUCGAAAUUCGAUUUUAUGACGUGGAUGGUUGGUUGCUUUACCACUAUUUCAAGCGAUGUCACCUCGGGUCUCCUGAUAUCAAUGGCUUUUGCGCUUUUAACAGUCGCUCUACGUGAACAAUGGUACUUCAUCAAAUUAUUUUUUCCAUCAUCCUAUGAAAAACUACUUUCGCUUGGUGAAAAUGUUAAAUUGAUUCGAUUUGAAUCCCCAUUACAUUUUAUCAAUGUUUCAUCAUUUGUGGAUUUAUUCGAUGAUUUAUUACAUCAAAUGCCAGUCGAUCAAAUCACAAAAAAUGCUAUCGAAUUAUUGGUAAUUUUUAAAAUUUUUUUUCAUUUCUAUCAUCGAAUCGCACUGCAGUGA